CGCAGCAGCCCGGGCCGGAUAUACGGGUUGGCUCUUCAUGUAAGAAUGCGGUGCUUUGCCUAAAGCCAGGCGUGUCACUUAGCUGCCAGCCUGCCUCACGCGCCGUUCUUGUGGUAAAGAUGACGGCACAUUUUUAUUUCUUAAUGACUGAGGAGAUGGUUGAUGAGGGGCUUUGGUGGUGGGUGUUGAAGCAAAGCAUACUCUUUCUUCAGGACAUAAAAAUUUUUGCUGAUCGGUGUAAUUUCACGUCUGCUUGCCGCAUGCCUGUCUUUCCUUCUUCCCCGUCUUUAGUUACACAUACUGAUUGUAUUCUAGUCUUAAAUUGGAUUAGUUAUUUACGAUGCAAAUGAUGUUGCAGUUAAUGAGGGUAAUGCAUAAACUGCUCGUGCUUCUUUUUUUCUUGUUUAGGAUGACAGAUGAUUUUUUUUUUUCUUCUACUGGAUAGUACUGGGAUCUGUUUCUAUUCCUAAAUACUUUAAGGAUAUUUCUUCCAAAUGUUUUCUUUUAGGUACAUCUCAGUUCCAAAGUACUCAUUAAGGAGCAGGAUGGAACAAAUGGUGUUUGGUCUUCUCUGCACUGGACUGCGCAGGCAGGAUUCAAAAAGCACAGAAGCUCCAUGCUGAGGCAUAGACCAGGUUUGCUACUGGAAUAAAGCAACUGCAAUGGGAAGAAUAUGUUCACUUAGUCCCAGAAACAACUGAUUAUGCAAAGGACAAUGUACAGUGUGUGUCCUGAUGACAUUUUGUGUGAUGUAACAUGCUUAUUGCCAUGGCAUCUGAGACUGAAAAGGCCCAUGCUCUUCUCCAGACUUUCAGCACAGCUUCAGUUAUUUCUAGUCUAGGUUUGGGAGUAUUUUGCUUUGUAGCAGACAGAGUUCUGCAAUUUUCUUUCAUUCAGCAAAAUGACUGGCUCCGAGCCUUCUCUGAUAAUGCAGUGCACGGUAUACUAGGAAUGUGGUCCUGGGCAAUAGUGGUUGGACUCAGGAAGAAAAGUGACUUCACUGAGGUCACUCUGGCUGGCUUCCUCUCCUCUGUCAUUGAUGUGGACCACUUCGUUCUUGCUGGCUCCCUGUCAUUAAAGGCUGCUCUGACUCUUCCACGGAGACCAUUUCUUCACUGUUCUACUGUGAUUCCUGUUGUGGCUCUGACAUUAAAGUUUAUUAUGCACCUUUUCAGGCUUAAAGAUUCAUGGUGCUUUCUUCCCUGGAUGUUGUUCAUAUCCUGGACUUCUCAUCACAUCCGUGACGGGAUUCGUCAUGGCCUCUGGAUCUGCCCAUUUGGAAAAACUCCUCCUUUGCCAUAUUGGCUCUAUGUGGCAAUUACAGCAUCUUUACCUCAUCUAUGUUCAUUUAUUAUGUAUUUAACAGGCACUAGAGAAUUAAUGUCUAUAAAACAUGGAAUCCGCAUUGAUGUUUAAGAAUGAAGUUUCUUAAAGGCUGUUAAGGCUUGAAUAUUUAAGGACUGUAUGAAGGCAAACUUACUUAUUACAGUAGACAGAAGCUUUAGGGAAAAUUUGGGAAGAUUCAGGAAGAUUCAGAUAUGAGAAAAUUAAAAUUGCUCAAAAUGUGAGUUUGCUUACAGACCUUACUGCUGUCCUCAUAAACAACAUUUUCCAUUAAGUGCAAUGUCAUCCAUAAAAUU